AAAAAAUUUGGUUAGAAGCCCUGCCGGCACAGCGAUAAAGGCAACAAGAUUGCAUCGGGGACAUUACGGUGGUUUCGUCCUUGCGCCAUAGUAUUAGCAGCGCUAAGAAUAUCUUCUAGCCAGUGCUACAUAAUGUACCUACCUGCUGGUUGAUAGAAGAUACUCUCUAUGUCGCUGCUUUCGCUAUACGCAAACAUCAUCUGGCGGGGCAACGGCCCCGGAGAGGUUUACAAGCGGAAGGUUGCUGCAAGUCUGAUUAGCAGAUACAAUGCUCCACAACCUCUCGCGGAGUUUGAUGGCCUGGCGCCUGGCUCCCGAGAUACAGAUGACCGCAUUCUAUCUUCGGAUCCGUGCUUUCACGUGGUGGACGGUGCAGUCAGGCUUCACAUCGAGAAAUUGCUUUUCAUGGCUAAGGCACGCUUGGAGAAGUGGCUAGAUCUGGCUUUUCCCCCCCACAAUGCACCGGACGAAUACCUCAAGAACUGUUUGGCAAGGUACAUCAUUGCGGAGCAGGAGCGUAUGGUGUAUGCACCUCCGAGCUCUCUUUUUACGCUGGAUAUGAGCAGCGCAGAGACCAUGCUGGACGCCUACUGGACCGACGCCCAC